CUCAGCACAUCACUGUCCCCUUCCAUUUUCACUCUUUCUCGCUUUCUCUCUCUCACACACACACUCUCUCAAUCAUCCUUUCACCAUGGGCAACUUUGCUGCCAACGAGGGACUUUCGGUCUUUGUCAUUCUGGUCUGGCUGGGAAUCAACGCUUACCUGUUUGUCCAGUUCUACAUGAACUUCCUUACUGAGAGAUGGUUCUAUACACGGGUCCUCCUUGGGCAUGCCCUCUCCUGGGCCAGGGCUCCUGCAGCCUGCCUCAACUUUAACUGUAUGCUUAUUCUGCUGCCAGUCUGCCGGAACCUUCUGUCCUUCCUCCGCGGCUCCAUCCAGUGUUGCAGUCGCACAGCUGCUCGACAACUGGACAGAAACAUCACCUUUCACAAGCUGGUAGCUUACAUGAUAGCAUUUCACACAGCGGUCCACAUCGUCGCCCACCUGUUUAACUUUGAGUGGUUCAUGGGAGCCCAGCUGGACAGAAACAGCAGCUCUUUGCCCUUUGUGUUGUCACAGAUUGGCAUCGGAGACAACGCCUCCUACCUAAACCCCAUCAGGACCGACCAGACCAACCCAACCAUAGUGAUGUUCACCACCAUCGCGGGGUUAACGGGCGUGGUCAUCACCCUGGCCCUCAUCCUUAUCAUUACAUCAUCCAUGGAGGUCAUCCGCAGGUCAUACUUCGAGGUCUUCUGGUACACCCACCACCUCUUCAUCAUCUUCUUCAUCGGACUCGUCUUCCACGGCUUCGGGCGAAUUGUCAGAGGGCAGACCGCUACAAGUCUCCAGGAGCACAAGCCAUCGCAGUGUGCAGAUCGGUUUGAGUCAUGGGGAGAGAACGGGACCUUCUGCUCUAAGCCCGAGUUUGCUGGGAACCCUCCUAUGACAUGGAAGUGGGUGGUGGGGCCUAUGAUCCUGUAUGUGUGUGAGAGACUGGUCCGAUUCUACCGCUCCCAACAGAAGGUCGUAAUCACCAAGGUGGUGAUGCACCCGUCCAAGACCCUGGAGCUACAGAUGAAGAGGAAGGGUUUCAAGAUGGAGGUCGGCCAGUACGUCUUCAUGCAGUGUCCCUGUGUCUCCCAGCUGGAGUGGCACCCCUUCACACUCACCUCCGCCCCCGAGGAGGACCACUUCAGCGUCCACAUCCGUAUCGUGGGUGACUGGACCCAGGGCCUGUACGAGGCCUGUGGCGGGGACAAGAACGAGACACAGGAGGCAUGGAAACUGCCCAAAAUGGCGAUAGAUGGCCCAUUUGGUACGGCCAGUGAGGACGUGUUCGGCUACGAGGUGGUCAUGCUGGUGGGUGCUGGCAUCGGGGUCACCCCGUUCGCCUCCAUCCUCAAGUCAGUGUGGUACAAACACAUGCAGGAGAACCAGAACGUCUUCACCAAGAAGAUCUACUUCUAUUGGCUGUGUCCUGAGACCCAGGCCUUUGAGUGGUUUGCUGACCUGCUGCAGUCUCUGGAGGGCCAGAUGACAGAGAAAGGCAUGGUGGACUUCCUCAGCUACAACAUAUACCUGACCCGCUGGAAAGAGACCGAGGCUGCUCACUUCAGAGUCCACCAUGAGGCGGAGAAUGACCCUAUCACAGGGCUGAAGCAGAAGACUCUGUAUGGGAAACCUAACUGGGACAAUGAGUUCACUACGAUUGGGACAAAGCAUCCAGAGAAAAAAGUAGGAGUGUUCCUUUGCGGUCCCACCCAGCUGGCUGACGUCUUGGGGAAGCAGUGCCUGUCUCACUCUGAGGCUGGUGUCAAGUUCAUCUUCAACAAGGAAAACUUCUGAGACCCCAACACCCCUCCAAGAGCACCAACAAGGCAAUAGCAAUAUUCCUACUUUGUUAUCAAAGUUAACUUUCAAUAUCACUCAGACCCAGAGUAUCCUCUGGAUUGUAAGCCAUUUCACAUUCCUAAACUGUUGUGUUGUUCUCCCCAACAUAAACAAUCAAUGGUUUUUAAUAUGGAUUCUCUGGGUGAAUUGAACAAAAAUUAUACUGAAGUGCCCUUAUCUCACACAACAGUUGAUCAAAUCAUAGCACCAAAAAUGGAAGUGAACUUCACUGUUCUAAUGAUCCUGACCUACAACACGCCUCAGUGACAUUUCACAAUGUGUUUCUUGCAGAAAUCUGUGAAGAAAUUACCAAACCUACCCGCAUUUACCAGAGGCCAGAACGUUACUCUUGUUCUGCAAUACAACAUGCAAACAUGGAAACUCUAGUUUCAAAACUCUCUAGUUUCACUUCUUCCUGUUUCUGGUGUUGUAUUUGCAAGUUUGUAUAAGCAAAAUAGUGUGCAUAAAGCUUACUUCAUUUAAAAACAUAUAUUUUCUUUUCACUGCAUCAGGGAUAGCCUACCAGACGUUUUGGCUUUGCAGCCUUCUUCACUGUGUAGGUAAAGCUAAAGUUAGUAUAAAAUGAAAAUAAGCAACAACAAAAAGCUGUUUGGGAUGUGAUAUUCAAGUUAUCCCAGCUGCAGCUUCUCCUGCUGGACUCAAUAGCAGCUGAGUUUUGGUAGGCUGGCCAAGUGAGUGACACAUUUCAUUGAACGGUGAGCCCACUGAGACAUGUCAGUCCUAUGUGUGUGUGUACGUGUGUUAGUUCAGCUUCUCUUUUUACUGAGGUCAGAGAGUCAAAGAAACCCAAAGCGCUGGUGAGGAAAAGUCUUGUAACUAGACUGCAUAAAGUACUGUAAUAAUGCUUGGCUAGAGUUGUUAAAUACCUAUGGACCUGCAUGGUGUUGUAUUCGUGCUGCUUGAUAUAACAAUAGAACAGUCACACACAGACAGCAUAAAAUGGUUUAAUUUGAACGUUUUGAUGACAUUCAGUUAUGGGUCCUAGAGUCUAUCGAUGGCACCUUGCACACCAGGCACAUUAUUAUUUCUAUGGAAACUUAUGUUUUUUCAAUGAUUGCAACUUGAAAUUGUGUCUGUAUAUAAUAUCCUGUGAUCUGUUUACAUAGCAUUUCCUAAAGCAAGUUAAUCUGAUCUCUAACUGUGAUGUCAAAUAAUGUCCAUAAUAAACAUGGAUUUUCCUCACCCUA